GCGUCGAUGCCAUUGGUGCUUGUUUCAGAUCGGGAUUUAGCGCUUAUGAACGCCAUUGAAGCAUGUUUCCCUACGACACGUCACAUCUUGUGUAUUUGGCACAUAAAUCAGUGCGUCAUGAAGAACUGCAGCCGUGUGCUUGGUCCGGAAUGGAAGCGCUUCAUCAAGUCAUGGCACUCGCUUAUCAAUUCAUCUACACCUUCGUCUUUCGAACAUAAGUGGCAAGCCAUGUGCGACGAUUUUCGCCAGUUCCCGUAUGUCAUAACUUACCUGUGGCAAACAUGGUUAAGGUCGUACAAAGAGCGGUUUGUUUCAGCAUGGACAGAUACAUGUAUGCACCUCGGAAGCAAUUCAAGUCAAAGGGCAGAGUCUGCACAUGCGAGGCUAAAGCUAUAUUUGGGGGAUACUAUGUCAUCGCUACAAACAUCUUUUGAUAAAAUAGAAAAGAUGUUGAAAAAUCAGUUCGGGGAAAUUAAGAAGUCGUUCGAGAAAUCAUUGAACAUUCCACGCCACAAACAAUUGCGUGACGACAUUUUUGAUCAGGUUAGGUGUCGCAUUUCAUUAGAGGCAAUGGAGUUCAUACAUGAUCAGCUAGAAACCGCUUUAGAAGUAUCCCCCCACAUUGUUGGCUAUUGCAACUGUAUGAUCAAAAUCACACACGGAUUGCCAUGCAUGCACGAUCUUGCAUAUUAUCGUUCCAUUUCCACUCCAAUUCCGCUAUGGAGUAUUCACGCUCAUUGGACUAGGUUGUCUAUGCACGCAACCGAGUUUAAUGAGGAGGGAGCACGACUUGACAGGACAUCUCAGGUCGUUGAGAUAUUAGAUGGGAUGGAUCCACCUAUGCGAGAGCAUAUCAUAGACAGGAUUAUCGAUAUGGCAGAUCCAUCUUGUAGCACAGUUCGACCUCCAUCGUACAACACAGAACAUAGAGGUCGACCUACAGGUAGAGAUGAGCAAAGUACACGUCGCAUACCUUCUUUCUCAGAAGCAUCCACUUCAGGAUCAAAGACUGCAACAUCGCGAGUGAGAGGGAGACGUGGGAGGGGUUUCGGGGUUCGCAACACUCAAUUUAUAGUUCCAUCCAUCACUGAUCGCUACAUUCAACGAUUACCUCAGGCUUAUCAGCGUUAUGUUUCCCACACUGUUGACGUGCUUGGUGAUGGUCAUUGUGGAUUCAGGGCGAUAGCUGCACUAAUCGGGUAUGGUGAAAAUGAUUGGAGUCGAGUACGAGAGGAGCUUAUUGAAGAGAUUCGACAAAAUUAUUAUCUAUACAGUGUGAUUUAUCCAGUACAUGAUUGGCCAAAUCGUCUACUAAUUUUACUGAAUUGGUUCGAGCCUACAGCACCACAAAAUCAUUGGAUGGGGGCUAUGACUUUGGGAGUUGUCAUCGCAACAAGGUACAACCUUGUACUGCAUACAUUUGAUGAGGAUGUUUACGGUUGUUUUACUCAUUUGCCAUUGAGAUCCCCUCCAGUUCCAGUCGAAUACCGCCGGGAAAUUGCUAUUGCCCGUGUUCACAACAAUCACUUCGUGCAAAUUUUCUUACAACCUCAUUACCCUAUACCACCCAUCUCAACAUGGUGGGAGGAGAAUUCAUCGGAUGAAGCUAAAGGAUGGGCUGCCAGUUAUGAAACACGUUUGCUAUUGUGGUACGAAGUAAUGGGUAUAAGCAUGCCGAGAGCAGCAUUUGGAGGAGAUAUUGAUUAA